AUGCGCUCUAAGGAGGACUCUGAGGUAAUCACCAUCAAGAAGGCCUUCCUGGUGACGGUAGACGUAUUCAAAAAGUACCUCAAGAAUCACAUCAUGGAGAUUAUCGAAGCUGAUGAGAAAGUAAAACAUGCCAAACUGUCGGAGGGUGUCGAGCAGGCUCGGACGGACAAAAGCUUGAAGUUCAGUGCAUUCAGCGACAAGAGCUAUCUGCACUUCGGAUCGAUCAUCUGUGCUCUGGGUGCGCGUUACAAGUCCUACUGCUCCAAUGUCAUCCGAACGUUGCUCGUCAAUCCUACGCAACCGAUUCAGAAGCACUACACCUUUCUGCUCAAUCUGGAAGAGGAACUGCUGAAGAUGAUGAUUCCGGACAAGAAGCUCUCGGAGGUUUUCGACUUCGGAAUGGAUUAUGCCAUCGGGUUGGAGUUCCGGAAGAAUUCGAGUAAGUUGUAA